AGCAUCACUUGGGUCAUCUUCCUCAUCUCCUACUGGGGCGAGCAAAUCGGGCAGAAGAUCCGCAAGAUCUCGGACUGCUUCCACUGCCACGUGUAUCCCUACCCGGAGAGUGAAGCCAGCCGCAUGGACACCAUGAGCGGGCUGCAGAGCCAGAUCCAGGACCUCAGCGUGGUGCUGGAGGAGACGGAGCAGUACCUGGCGCAGGUGCUGGACAAGGUGGUGCUGGCGUUGCCUACCUGGUGGGUCCAGGUACAGAAGAUGAAGGCCAUCUACCUCGUGCUCAACCAGUGCAGCUUCGAUGUCACCGAGAAGUGCCUCAUUGCCGAGGUCUGGUGCCCCGUGAGGGACCUCACCCAAGUGCAGGAUGCGCUGCGCCAGGGAUCGUACAGUAGCGGUUCGAGCGUGGAGUGCUUCGUGCAGCGCAUCCCCACCACCGAGAGUCCCCCCACCCUCAUCCGCACCAACAAGUUCACUGCCGGCUUCCAGAGCAUCGUGGAUGCCUACGGGGUGGCCAGUUAUCAGGAGGUGAACCCCGCGCCCUACGCCAUCAUCACCUUCCCCUUCACCUUCGCCAUCAUGUUUGGGGACGUGGGGCACGGGCUCAUCAUGUUCCUCUUCGCUCUCUGGAUGGUGCUGUAUGAGAACAGCCCCAGCCUGCAGCAGGCCAGCAACGAGAUCUGGCUGACGUUCUUCGAGGGCCGCUACCUCAUCCUGCUCAUGGGGGCCUUCUCCAUCUACACCGGCUUCAUCUACAACGAGUGCUUCAGCAAAGCCACCGUCAUCUUCCCCUCUGCCUGGAGUGUGGCCACCAUGGCCAAUCACUCCUCCUGGAGCUCUGCCUACCUCGCCACCCACCCGAUCCUCACCCUGGACCCCAACGUCACCGGCGUCUUCCAAGGGCCUUAUCCCUUUGGGAUAGACCCAAUCUGGAGUUUGGCCACCAACCACCUCAACUUCCUCAACUCCUUCAAGAUGAAGAUGUCCGUGGUGCUGGGCAUCGUGCACAUGGGCUUCGGUGUCCUGCUGGGGGUCUUCAACCAUGUGUGA